AUGUUUGUUUCAUCUUCUUUCGAAACUUUACCAGAUGAAAUUAUAUUACAUAUAUGUCAAUAUCUUCGUGGAGCUGAUGUUUUAUUUUCAUUUUAUAAUUUAAAUAAUCGUCUUAAUAUUACUAUAACAGGUUAUUGUCGUUAUGUUAAUUUAUUAUCUGUUUCAUAUGAACAAUUUGAGUAUUCUGUUUCUCAUGUUUUACCACAAAUUAGUAAUAGUGUUCAAACAUUUUUACUCAAUGGUAAUUGGGAAACAAUUAUAAGUAAGAAACUAAAUUCUAUUCUCUUUCAAUCACCUAUGACAUUAUUAUUUCCACAACUUCAAAAAUUAAUAAUUAAAUGGUUUACGACUGAAAAACUCCUAUUAUUUAUUGAUACUCUUCAUGAUCUUCCACAACUAAUUGAACUUGAUAUUCGAUUUCUUAAAGGAAAAAUGUUAAAUUCACUUCUAACAAAAGUUCUUUCGACUAAUAAUAAUCAACUUUCAAUAGUAUCAUUUGAUCAUGAUUCAAUUGAUUUCGAUAUAUGUGAUGAUAUAACAUUGAUAUCCUAUCCAAAUAUUGAACAACUUACUGUAAAUCUAACAGAAGCUAAAUUUAUGACAAAUCUCUUUCUACUUAUACCAAAUAUACGCUGUUUAUAUUUAAGUAUAGAAGAAAUGUCAACUGAAAUAAAAUGUCAAUCAAUAUUUACGAAUUUACCAUAUCUUCUGCAUUUAAUCACAUUUCAAUUACGUUCAAUUAAUCUUUUUUGGACACUUGAUCAAAUAUCUCAUAUAUUAAAAGUAAUGCCAUCUUUACAAGAACUUACAUUUGAUCUUCGUACAGAAGAUAAACGUCUUAUCAAUAAAGAAAAUCUUCUUACGAUUUUACCUAGAUCACUUAUAAAACUUGAAUAUUUUAUUCGUUAUUAUUUUUCUCAGUUAGAAUCCGAAAUUGAAACAACAAAAUCUUUUUCAUCUCCUCAUUUUCCUGUUAUUAGUAUGUUAGAUGAACCACGAUCACGUUUUAUAAUUUAUACGAUUCCAUGUAAUCUUCAUUCAGUUAUUCUAACAGGAACAGUAAGUCAAUAUAUGCCAUCAGGUUGGAAAUAUAUGCAACAAACUGAAAAUUUAUACAUUGCUCAUAUAACAUCUGUAUUAGAAAUAUUACAUAUAUUACAACACUUUCGUCGACUUCGAACAUUAACUAUUGAUGCAAAGGAUAAAUCACAAAUUUUAUCUUUACCAUUAAAAUCAGAAUCAAUUAAUUUCAAAUUACCUUUUCUUAAACAAAUUGAAAUAUUUGGAAUAUUUGAAUUAUUUCCAUUAUUUAAUGUUGCACCUAAUAUUGAUUAUAUGAUUAUUUAUUUUGAUUGUCUUAAAUUAUUAUUAAACGAUGAAUCAACAUGUCAUUUAUUACAAACUCAAGUUGUUCGUCUUAAUAUUGUUAAUUGGGAAGAUAUUGAAUCAGAUUUAAUAGAACGUAUUUCGGAAAUAUUUUGUUCUCUUCGUCAUCUUGUUAUAGUUCUUAAAGAUUCAAAAAUAUUAAUUGAUGAUUUUGUAUUAAAAGUUCUUUCACUUUGGAAAGGUAAAUCACGUCUUUCAAUUGAUAUUAAAGGUUUAUUAUCAAAAGAAACAAGUGAAAAUCUACGACAAUGGAUUAUUACUCAUUCUCAUAUGAGAGAAGAAGAUUCAUUUGCAGUUGAAUGCAAUGAUAAUUGGUUUGAUUUAUGGUUUUAA